AGUAGACCAAUACGACGACCCGUCACCCACCGCCGGAGCCGCCUACCCCGACCAAACUGCGUACUACGACCCGGGCCCGCAGCCUCAUCAGCAGGAUCAACAACAACAACAACAACAACGAGCACGCCCCGCACGCCAAAGCGCCCAAAUCGACUCACAGUAUCUCCCCGACGCUCGCCAGUCUGGCUACUACCGCGAAUCCCAAUACGAUCCGGAUGACCAGCCACUGUCGCAGCAGCUCCCACCCUUGCCACCCGUCGACAACGGCGGCUUCGAUACGCCCCCUGAGCCAAAUGACGAUUUCUACCAGCCGCCUCUGAACGCUAAUGGCGGUGGCGGACGGUACUCUACGUAUACGAUGGGCGGAGGAGUCCCUCCACGGUCGAUAGCCACCCAAUCCAUGCGUGCUCCAUCCCCACCUCCCGCCCCCGUCCUCGAUCACUCCCAUCUCCGACCAGGCAACCAAGCCGCUCUCCUUUCGCACGAACGCACCCUCGAGCUCUACCGCGCCAAUGCUAAAAAGACGCAGGACCCGGACUUGCAGUUCGAGUUCGCCGUCUUCAUGAUCGACGCCUCGAAGACGAUGCCGAUGCCGGAGCCCACAGCGGGGAACGUGAUGCAGGUCGAGAAGGCGGAGCAGAAACGGGAAGACCUGAUUCGUGAGGCGACGUCCCUUCUCAAACGGAACGCGGACAGGGGACACAUGCCCUCGCAGUACUUCCUCGCCGACUGCUACGCCAACGGGAUAGGGACGCAUAAGAACAAGCAGGACUUCGACCGUGCCUUCCCGCUCUUCAUCCUCGCCGCGAAGCACGGCCACCCAGAUGCUUCCUAUCGCGCCGGGACGUGCUGCGAGAACGGCUGGGGAUGUCGGCGCGAGUCCGCGAAGGCCGUGCAGUUCUACCGAAAAGCGGCGGCGUCGCUCCAUCCGGGCGCGAUGUAUCGUCUCGGGAUCGCAGAGCUGAACGGAGAGCUCGGACUCUCGAAGCAUCCGAAGGAGGGCGUGAAGUGGUUGAAGAGGAGCGCGGAGCAUGCGACGGCGGAGUUCCCGCAUGCGCUGCAUGAGCUGGCGUUGUUGCACGAACGGGGGAUCGACAAUGUCGUGUUUAUGGAUCAUGAGUAUGCGGCGGAGUUGUUGGCGCAGGCGGCGGAGCUGGGGUAUGCGCCGAGUGCGUAUAGGUUGGGAGAGUGUUAUGAGUAUGGGAAGAUGGGCUGUCCGCAGGAUCCGGCGUUGUCGAUUCAUUAUUACAAUAUCGCGGCACAACAAAACCAUCGAGACGCCUGCUUCGCGCUGACAGCAUGGUACCUCGUCGGCUCGCCCGGCGUCCUCCCCCAGUCAGACACCGAGGCGUAUCUUUGGGCUCGCAAGGCGGCUGAAGCGGGGCUCGCGAAGGCGAUGUACGCGGUUGGGUACUUUUUGGAGGUCGGGAUCGGGACGCCGGCGGAUAUGCAGCAGUCACUAGCAUGGUACAAACGCGCCUCGGAACUAGGCGACAAACGCGCGGCGCAACGCCUCAAGGGCUCGUCGAACACGCCACAAUUGCACCCAGGAGGACCAGGGUCGGUGCUGAAUAGGAGUGAGGGAGGAGAGGCGGGGAGUGUGGAGGGAGGGGGCAAGGGGGGGAAGGAUAAGGAGUGUGUUAUUAUGUAGGGUGGGGGUUGGUUUUGAUGGGAGGAGAGGGUGGAUGGGAUGUGGAAAGGACAGGAAUUGGGGUGGCGGGGUGUAAGGAGACGGGAUAUGUGGCCGGUAGGAUGGAAGCGAAUAGUGGUCGAUAUCCGCUCCUCGUUCGCUCCUUGGAGUGCUGUGCCGAGCAUGCCACGACGUCGUCCAUGCCGCACCCGUCCACACCCGUCCACGCACGUCCGUUCGUCCGUUUAUCCGCACUCUCGGUCGUACCCUUCCCUCCGUCUCGUUCUGCGUUCCCGUCAUGUCCGAAGUUCAUCGUUCGACUCCUCCUCUACUCUAUUCCUACCCUCGGACUCAACUUCUCACGCCAUACCAUGCCAUGCUAAUGCCGCCCAAUCGCUCUGACCCGACCCGACAUACCUACCUAUUUUACUCGCAGUCCUUUUUGCUUUAUUAUCACCACACCUCACCGAACUUUAUACGUCCUCCCUGCCUCCGCUUGCACGACUAUUGCCACAGACCAGACCAUCUACCACGCAACGCACACCUCACACCUCAUUGCAAUUCACUCUUCACUCCAUCAUUCAUCUCCAUCUGCACGGACCACGGACCUUUGACCUUUCAACCUACCUAUGGACCUAGCUCUGUCUCGCUCCACCGUUUCUUUCGCCUUCAACUUCAGUUUACAGUAUAUAUGGCAGUGGUCGCGGUCUCGCUCUUUGUUUGCAUUUUUUUUUCAGAUACGUACGUACCGCCGAUGACGAACAGUUCCAUUUCCGUUCUCCGUUUCCGCUCCCUGUGCACCCUUUUUCUGUCCUGAGUUUCGUUUAAGUAGUGUGUGUGGUAUGGAUGCUAAUUCUUCGUGAUAGAGCUCUUUCUUUCCUUCAUUUCUGUUUCUGUUUUCUGAACUUGCCAGUCUCCUCUCGUCAUUUGAAUACGUUCGAGAGAUAUGAAUAUGUAUGUACGAAAUAAACCUAAACCUAAUGCUCUC